GCCCGGUCAGGGUGUCCGACCAGGCUGAGCUUUUACCUGUCAAAACCUCAAAUUUACCGGACAAUUGUCUGAUGACCGACUGUUAUUUGCAGGCUCGACUGACAUUUGCGCAAGUGUCGAUGAUGUAUCAGCGAAGUGUCAGUGAAGUAUCGGUGAAGUGUCGGUGUACUGCCAAAUAUAUCAGCUGAUAUAUAUAUCUGUCGAUACAUGUAUAUCGACCAAGUCUCAAUCAUGACACUGAUUGCUAGUCAGUCCAGUAUCGCUCGAAUAUCAGUUGAGUGUCAAUUGAGUAACGACCAACAUAUCAACUGAUACAUUGGUCGAUAUGUCAAUCAAAGCUCCCCAUAAGAUACAUGAUCCAAAAUGGCUGUGCCUAGAUGUCUGGCAUACAACACGGACAGUGUUUUUAAAGUACUCAGUAAGCAGCAGUCAGAAACUUUUCCAUUUAUGACUAUGUAUUUAUUGUGUUACCAUUAAAAUUAUUGAAACUAAUCGUAAUCAGGACAACCGGGGCACCAUUCAGGCUAACCUUAGCGGACACGGAGGAUUUAAGAUACUCCAUGUCCGGUUAGCCUGAAUAGCACUCCAGUUAUCCUGAAAAAUGUAAAGGUUAACCUGAAUGGCACAUUGGUUAGCUUCUCAAAAAUAAUUUCCUGGGAUUAUUUGUAAUGCACUAAUCAAUUUUAACCCCGAUCUCCAAACCCUCAGGGAGCUGUGGAGAAAUUCACAAGAGUAGAAACUUCCCCCAGGUCCCAGGGACAGAUUUAGAAGGUGAUUGCCCUAGCCCAUUAAGCCGUCAAGUUACAACCUGUGUGCACCAGGCAAAUUUUUGUUUGUUUUGCAAAAAAAUCUGUCAUUAGUUGUAUGUACAAGUGCACACAGUGAUUUUUUUGCUACCAAAUUUUGUAAUGCCUUACCAAACUUACAAGGUGCCAGAAUCCUGCUUUGGAGAACUUAAAUGAUAAAAUCCUUAGCUUACAUCAACCAACAAUUUCUUCUCACCAAGUGAGGGACUGUUUAUUAGCUAUCACGUACAAAUAUCUCAGAUAUAAGCUCUAAGACCUAAGACCUCCUUGUAAGACCAACUUAGAAACUCAAAAACUAAGACCUAAGACCCCCUCCUAAUGUGAAAAAACUUAAGACUUAAGUGUCCUCAAGGCUGGGAUAGGGGUAUGCAUACUAGUCUUAUAACUGUUGUGAAAUUUUAAUUGCUCUGGGGUCUCAUCAAUCAUUUUAUAUGUCUGAAAAUACAUUACAUGUAUGUAGCUCCCUUCCCAUAUAAUAUUGCAAUACAGCAUGCAAUGCAAAUGUAUAUGUUAAUAAAUUUAUUUAUUCUUGGUAUAACCAAUAAAUGCUACAUGUAUGAUGUAAUGAUCCUCUCCACCCAAGUCUAAGUUCAGCCUGUAAUUUAUUUUGUAAGUGUUUAAGGAAUAUUGCUUUUACUGUGAUUGACCACUUCCAGUUCAUUACAUGUAUAACCAGCUUUAAAUAUUUUAUUAUCAAAGCAUAAUACAAUUGGCCUACCUCACAAGUUGGAGUCACUCAAGAGUUGCUCUUCGUGUUCUGUUGAGUGGUACAUGUAAUUACAUGUAUAUAUGUGUGCUUGGCUGUGCCUUGUGCCUUCUACUAUGUACUCUCUUGUGUUUCCCAUGUGCUUAAUAUGUGAUUCAAUAAUGCACUCAGCAUGCUAACUGUUUUUAAUAACUUUUUUCAUGCGCCUACCCUCAUUUUGUACAGCACUGAGAAUUGAAAAAGAGGUUACUACUUGUUAUGAAUUUUAUAGGGAAAUACUUCAGUUAGAGAUGAAUCAGAGGAAGGAGGAUUUUAUGACAGGCAGCACUCUGAAUACAAGGCUGCAGACGGAUCAGGGUUACGCCAAAUUGCACGUGUGACACCAUUUGCGCCCACAACUGUGGUGUCAUGUCCAAAGACAGACAGAAAAAAAUGGACAUUUGUACCACCUCACGAACAUUUUUCUAAUAGUGAUUUUUCUAAUGGUAUUGCUGAUGAUGAGGAUGACUUUCAAGCCGUGGCAGGAUCUCCUUUGUCAAAGAAGGCAAAGCUGGUAGGGGAAUUUUCCAGUGGAUGUCAACACAAUUUUGCACAGAGCAAGAAGGGUCAAAAUUCUUUAAAAUGGGACAGCAAUCAGGAACAUUAUGAAAAUAACAGGGAUGCUAACAGCAGUGUCAGUAACUGCACAGGGCCAGUGAUAGAUCUUACAGGCCUUGAUGGCCAGUAUGAAAGCACUGCUAACUGUUCUAUUGAGGAGAACAGCACCAUAAAGAGGAGAAAUGUGGAAAAUGCAGGUGUCAGUGAUAACAGUGAUGUGGCAGAUAAAAUGUUCAAUUCUGAUUUCCAGCCAACAUCUUAUGAUACAACAGACAGUUCUUUCAAGAAGCAUCCUAGAGAGAGGUUAGGCAGUUCUGAUAGUGAAGGAAAGCCUUUUGACUCGCCACUACUGCUUGAAAAUUUGGCAUCAGAAAAAGGUCCACUACCAGAGAACUUUCAGUCAAUAAAAAGACCGCCUUCCCCAGAGGAUCUGCCAUUAAUAAAGAGUCCACUACUCCCAGAAGACUUCCAAUCAAUGAGUAAUCCACCAUCCCCAGAGGACAUCUCACCAAUCAACAGCCCCUCAGCCACAGAAGACCUCCCACCUGUGAACAGUUCAUUACCCUCAGAGGGUAUCCCAUCAAUGAAUAGUCCCCUACCUCCUGAGUACUUUUCACCACCGUCAUCACCCAGCAUCCCAUUAACAGCAGAAGAUACAAUCCAUCCCAUGUUGCCUUGUGGGGCCCCAGAGGUGUCUACUUAUGGGAGCAAGGAAAUGUCUCAUGUACUGCUGCAACCCCUUCCUCAACAGACUCCUACGUCCAAGGUCAAAGUUCAUUUAGAACAGGCACAUGCCCUGUGUUAUGAGACAAUGGAGAACAUUUGUUUGAUGUUAGAUAGAGCAGAUCCAGCCAUCCUCAACAGCUUACCCCAGGAUCUUAAUGAGGCACAGAACUUAAGGAAAAGAAUUAAAUUAAAAGUUGCACAGCUUGAAGACAUGUUGAAACAGCGAGGAGAAAGUCCAGAAUGCACAUUCAAGAGCUACCGAAGGUUAUCAACAUGCAGUUAUAAUCCCGGAGAAAGUUUUUCUGAGGGGGACAGAAGGAUCUCAACUGCAUCAUGCAGCGGUGCAAAUAAGGAGAACAAAUUGAAUAUUCCUACAGCUUCUAAAAACUGUACAAAAAUCACCGGUGCUACUACUGUUCUUCCAGCUGGCUUAGCUGAUCAUAAUGUUGUACAAGCUAAAGACUCAGCCAUUAGCUCCAUUUCUGUGUCCUCUGCAGGUGUGGCGGAUUGUAUAAAUAAAGAUUCUCUCCUACUAACAGAAUUAGUGGAUAGCACUGAUGAUGAAUGGGCAAACACAUGUGCUUUUGAUACCAAUUAUGGAGAAAAGGUGUCCUCCACUUCUACCUCUGGUAGCAGAAUUGGUUCAGUGGCAUCCAGAACUUGCAGCCAACAGGUUACUGUUGCCAUGCCAUUUCAAGACAAACCAAACUACCAACCUACUACUACUAGGGAAAUCAACAAUUUCAAUUCAAGCUUCAAUUAUCCUCAAAGAACCAACACAAUUCCUAACAAUGGCCAUGACAUUGAACUGAAACGAAAGGAUUUACCAUAUCACAGGGAAAUGUGGAAAAUAUUGAAAAAUGUGUAUAACAUCCGUUCAUUAAGAACAAAUCAACUUGAAGCCAUUAAUGCAGCUAUGAUGAAGCUUGACUGUUUUAUUUUAAUGCCGACUGGUGGAGGAAAGAGCCUGUGUUUUCAGCUGACUGGACUGAUGGGUGCUGGGGUGACCUUUGUUAUUUCACCCCUCAGAUCUCUCAUUCAAGAUCAAGUACAGAGACUCCAGUCACUCAAGUUACCUGCUGUGCAUUUACUGGGUGAUGCAGGAGCUGGUUCAACCAGACACCUCAACUCUGUCUAUCAGGACUUAUCUCUCAGGAAUCCAACCGUAAAACUAGUGUAUGUGACCCCAGAAAAGCUCUCAGCCAGUGAUAAGCUCAUCUCUGUCAUGAACAGUCUGUACAGCCGUGGACUGCUUGACAGGAUUGUGAUUGAUGAAGCGCAUUGUGUCAGUCAGUGGGGCCAUGACUUUCGCCCAGACUAUAAGAAGCUGUCAGUUUUGAGAACGAAGUUCCCUAAUGUCCCCUUUAUGGCACUCACAGCAACUGCUACGCCCCGUGUUCAAAAGGAUGUUUUACAUCAGCUGAAGAUGGCAAAGCCAAAAUGGUUCACCCAAACGUUCAAUCGACCCAAUCUGCGUUUCGUUGUGAAACCCAAAAAGAAAGUCAUGGAAGAAAUACUCCAAUACAUAAAGACAAAACAUCCUGUCUCUUCCGGGAUUGUGUAUUGUCUCUCCAGGUUGGUGAUUGCAAAAGUUAUGUCAUAUCUUAGUCCCACUUAAUUCGAUGUUUACUAUACUAAACUACUUUACCUAUUUGCAGCAGGCAGGGUUUAUAGAUGUUUAGGAAUACCACUUGUUUUAGGCAAAACUGAAAGGUUUCGUUUUUUUUACUACCUGAUCAGUUGUUCCUGGUAUUCCAAAUGUCCCCUGGCUUUAUGUGACCUCUACUUUGCUAGAAAAUUCUCCAACAUUAUUUCAAUUUGGAACACUUCAAGGCAAGGUUUACAAGUAUUUCUUUUUGUUUCGUCUCUUCAUUGUUAUUAGC